AUGGCUCAGUGUUCUGGGAGCUGCUAUAGAGGAUAUCGAACAAUUGUAACUAAUAUUAAUUAUGUAGAUAGUGCUCCAGUAAUUUUGGAACAUCUUGCCUGCUAUAUUUAUUGCAAUACAUUACGCCUGUUGCCAGCUUUGGCACGACAGUGGUGGAACUCAUCUGAUAGUAGAGUUUCAAACAUCGUUGAUAAAAUAACAACUACGUAUGUUUCACAUUUAAUUUGUAAAGAAGAAAUAGAGGCAGUUCAAAAUCAUCAGACAAAGGAUGAACAUAUGCAGGUGAAAGUUAAUGCUGCCUGUGAAGUUUUGGCUAUAUAUACUGUGGAUGAAGUAAACAUGGAAAUUUUAAUAUCGUUACCUUAUAAUUAUCCACUUGGACCAGUGAAAGUUAUGAGUCGAAGAGAAAUUUGUGGUACAGCUCAAUGGAGAACUUGGAUCAGACAACUAACUCUGUUUUUAACACAUCAGAAUGGAAAUAUUUGGGAUGGCUUAACACAAUGGAAGAACAAUCUUGAUAAAAGAUUUGAUGGUGUCGAAGAAUGCUAUGUGUGUUACAGUGUUGUUCAUGCCUCAACACAUCAACUCCCAAAAUCUACUUGUAAAACGUGUCGAAAAAAGUUUCAUUCACAGUGUUUAUACAAAUGGUUUAACACUAGCAAUAAAUCCACAUGCCCAAUAUGCAGAAAUAUGUUUUAAUUCAAUUGAAUAGAAAAUUAUAGAAAUGAUUUAUUCAACACACAUGCAAAUGCAU